AUGAGCGCCGAGUGCAGCAGCUACCUCAACGCCGACAAGGUGCUGGUGAGCGGGUUCAGCUGCCCGCGGACGGGCGGCGACGUCCGCGCCGUGUACUGCUGCGGCUUCCAGGACGUCAAGUACUGCUGCGAUGACCCCCACAGCUUCUUCCCCUACGAGCACAGCUACAUGUGGUGGCUCAGUGUUGGAGCACUCGUGGGCCUGUCGAUAGCAGCAGUGGUCCUCUUUGCUUUUAUCAUCACUGUGUGUGUUCUCUGUUAUUUGUUUAUCAGCACAAAGCCACGCAGCAAACUGGAUACUGGUUUAAGCUUACAGAUGGCAGACAGUGAGACUAGAGGGAGUUCAGUAUGUUAAAACACAGAGGCACUGGAUGGAUUCUACCAAUGCUGUAACAAAAAUACAGAGCUGCAUCCUUCACAAGGCCCCCACUGAAACAAGCUGUUGACAAAGCCAAGUGGCUUCAAGAGAUUUCCGGAGCCACAAGGAUGAACUGUGACUGUGAGCCACGAGAACCUGACUUUCUCUUCCAGAAGUGUUUCCUGGCUAUUACAACCACUGUCAAUAACCAGAGACCAAUCUGAAGCUGUGCCAGGAUAUGUAUUUGUGUAUGGUUACUGUACUGAGAAGUAUUAUAUUUUGAUUUGCACAUACCAGCUACUGCUGCUAGUCAUUUUCAUGCAAAUUGUUGUCUUUACCCUGUGCAAUUCCAAUGAGAUAACACAGUUGUCAAGCAGAGCAGAAUUUGGCACACCAUGUUGAUCAAGCUUUAUUUUAAGCUUUCCCUGUGUGCCAUCUUAAUGUGGCGUCUUCACAUCACAAAUAUGAUUGUCUUUAGCCAAAUGUGAUUGUUCGGUGCACAAACAUAUGUGAACGCAGUACCUCAAUAAAAUCUGGCACUUGUGUUGUA